AAAAAAACACAUUCAUGGUUGUGUGUGUCAAAGCUUACCGAGCUGCCUAUCUAGGCAGAACUCUUGGGCAUCCCUGCGCGCGCAGCGUUCUUGGGUGCCAAAAGUGUGCGGUCUGGAUAGUCAGCACUGUGUGUUUGGAGUCACAGCCGGUGUGUUUGGCUUGGAUGGGAGGGCACAGCGGCUCUCAAACUCCGCACACUUCCUGCUCUCGCUCAGUUCCAUCACCAGUGAAGGCAACGGGAGAGCAGAGGAGGGAUGGCGGAGAAGAGCCCUGACCCGAGCGGCUCGAGCGCUCGCAGGUGUCCCGCUCUUUCUCCCGGAGAGAGACUGCAGCCGUCUGCAAGCGGCUCGUCCAGAUGGGUUCGUCUGAACGUCGGCGGCACGUACUUUCUCACGACGAGACAAACGCUGUGCAGAGACCCGAAGUCUUUCCUGUACCGCCUGUGCCAGGCCGACCCCGACCUCGACUCUGACAAGGAUGAAACGGGUGCUUAUUUGAUAGACCGCGAUCCCACUUAUUUUGGUCCGGUGCUCAACUAUCUGAGACAUGGAAAGCUGGUGCUGAACCGAGGCCUAGCAGAGGAAGGCGUGCUGGAAGAGGCUGAAUUCUACAAUAUCACUUCAUUGAUUAAACUGGUCAAAGACAAAAUCAGGGAGAUGGAUUGUAAGACGGCGCAGCUCCCUGUGAAGCACGUCUACAGAGUCCUGCAGUGUCAGGAGGAGGAACUGACACAGAUGGUCUCCACCAUGUCAGAUGGCUGGAAGUUUGAACAGGUGAUUAGAGGAUUACUCUCUUGUUUCAGCUUUUUAGGAAAACUAGAGUUUUAUUUGGGGAUGCACAAUAUACCGUCCAAGGCUCGGGGUCACUAA